GAGAGAGCGAAAGGCGAGAGAGCGAGAGAGAGAGAGCGAAAGGCGAGAGAGCGAGAGCGAAAGGCGAGAGAAGAGAGAGAAAGGCGAGAGAGCGAGAGCGAAAGGCGAGAGAGAGAGCGAGAGAGAGAGCGAAGAGCGAAAGAGAGAGAGAGAGAGAGCGAAAGGCGAGAGAGAGAGAGAGAGAGCGAAAGGCGAGAGAGAGAGAGAGAGACGAAAGGAGAGAGAGAGAGAGAGAGAGAAAGGGGAGAGAGAGAGAGAGAGAGGGAAAGGCGAGAGAGAGAGAGAGAGAGCGAAAGGCGAGAGAGAGAGAGAGAGAGCGAAAGGCGAGAGAGAGAGAGAGAGAGCGAAAGGCGAGAGAGAGAGAGAGAGAGCGAAAGGCGAGAGAGAGAGAGAGAGAGCGAAAGGCGAGAGAGAGAGAGAGAGCGAAAGGCGAGAGAGAGAGAGCGAAAGGCGAGAGAGAGAGAAAGGCGAGAG